ACUAUAAUCCAAAUAUCUUUAGCUCCGUAGUUCCCGUUUGUUGACAUGGUGGCCCAAGACAUGGAGAUCGGGUACCACCUGCCCAGCAAGUGGCCGAAGCUGCUUGACAUGACCAAGGAUGAGUGUCGCAAAGCUCUCCGUGCCUUGGAAUUGACAACAUACAGUCAGGUGGUGUCCGUAUUGCGAGCGCAGGGAGAACUGACAAAGGAGAAAAAGAAGCUGCUCAGCGAUCUGCAAACUAUGUUCUCCAUCUCCCUGGAGAGGCACAGAGCAGAAAUUCGAAGGGCAGUCAAUGAUGAAAAGCUCACAACCUUGGCAGAUACACUGGCGGGGCCCAACACAGGGGUGGAGUGGGCAAUAGAAGGGAGACGAUUGGUGCCUCUCAUGCCCCGAGUUGCCCCACAGACAGCUUACACAGCCCUAGCGACACGCAUGGCCCUCCUCUAUUAUGGGGCCAAUGCCAAGAUGCCACCACCAGCCUCAACAGCACACUAUGGGAAAAUGGAUGAUCUUGGUGCUGAGUCUGAGAACACGGACUCAGAAGAGGAAACAGAUGGGCUGAGGUACAUCCCUGGGGCGAUGGUGCCACCACAGUACAACGCUGACCAAGGCUCGUACACCACACUGCCGCUCUCAAAGGCUCGGCUCGCUAAAAUGCCUCCGAAGGAGAAUCGUGAAACUCCUGCCACCACUGCUGUAGGAGGUGGAGGAGGCUCAGUCAGUGUUGGCCCAGGGGGAGGAAGCACCAGUGGUGGCGGUGGUGGUGGUGGAAGAGGGAGUGACAAGAGGAAAAGAAAGCGGUCGUCGUCUGAACACCCUCUUCCUCCUCCACCUCCUCCUCCUCCUCCACCACCAACUCCUCCUGCCCAACCUUCCAGAGACAUUCCUCCCUCACCAGGAACACCCUCCAAGCAGGUGACUGGGAUUGGCCGCCCCCUGCCUGGCCCUCCUAUGAAGAUAACGGUAACAGGCAAUGUUACCCGCGGCACGCCGGGCACACCGGUCUCCACCCUCGGCAGCCACACCCAGAAGGUUAUUCUUGUGUCCACCUCCGGAGCGAGUGGGGUGGGUGGGGGAGUGUACCAGCGGUCCUUGAGUGUGCCGGUGAUGAAGAGCGGGGCGGGCACGGCUCCCACGGUGAUGCGCGGCGUCUCUGCCUCGGCAAACACUGUGCCGGCCACCCAGAUGCAGACAGGAGGCAGCAUGGGCUCAGGAAACAUGAUUGUACCUUCCACCUACUCCAGCAGUGGCCUACACGGUGCUGGGGGCAUGGCUCCUGCAGGAACUUAUGUCAAUCGGACGAGACCCCGUGUUCCCUCUAGCACAUUGCCGUCCAGGCCGAGAGAAAGGUCCAAGUCACUUGUCCUCCAGGCUGACGGAGCAGGCAGAGGCGGUGAAGCAAGUGGAGCCGGUGGCGGUGGGGGCUGCAUGGCAUCAAGCGGCCAUGUCAACACCCUGCCUUCCUACCCUGGUGGCUCUCCUGCCGUGGUGGGUACCCCUGCAGGGUCACCCAGUCUGUCAGCGGGCCAUCUGAUGACCCACCAGACGAUACAGGUCAGACCAAGCACCGGCAUCACUCCUGCAAAGACAGCAAUUCAGAUUCGCCAAGAAGGAAAGUCUCCUGCCCCCUCAGGUACAGGGGCUAAAAUCAUCACACACUCAGUGGGUGGUGCUGGAGGCACAGGCACUGCAGGUGGUGCCACCUCCACCACUUCCACCAUCAUCACCCCCACCAGCACCACAGGCAUGAAUGUGGGUACUGGUGGCUCUGGACGCCUGGUUGGACGCACUCCCAUCUUGCCACCGAGCUCACCCCAGGGAAGUGGUGCACCCUUGUAUGUGGUCACCACCAACUCGGGCACCAUCACUGUUGUAACUCGCACUGUUGCUGCUGGCCAAGGGACAGGACCGAGAGUUGUGACGGUGAAUACCAUCAAUGCUCCCAAGUCGUCUGUCAGCAGUGUGAGGACUCCAACUCCUGCCACAGUGGUGUCUGUUGGCCCGAAGACCAUACAAACAGUGCGCGUCACACCCCAGGGUCAGGGGCCCUCAGGAUUGCGACCAGUCCCUGGAACAGCAAAGUCUAAUGUGAUUGUGGUGCACAAGGGAGCCCCUCCUCCUGGCACCAGACCCAUGAGCUUUCAGGGGAUCAGGGAUGGGCCCACUAAGAUUACCAUUGGAAAGUCCAUCAGCAGUAACACAGGAGCACCAGUGUUACAGAAGCCUCCAGCAGUGACCCGCAGCCCCAUUGCCAGCUCUGUCCUGGCCACACCUAAUGCCCCAACUACCCAAGGCAAUGUCAUAUUGGUGGACCUGAAUCCUGAGAACUCCAAUGUGAACAACACAAAUGCUCUGGCUGAUAUGUUGCAAGUCUCAGGUGAGUCACAAUCAACGAGCAACAGUGGUAGCAGCAUCACCAGCAGCAUUACCAGCACCAGCAGCACCAGCAGCAGUAGUGAUCCCUCCACCACCACUACUUCCAUCACCACCACUACAAAUGAAACCACCACAACCCCAGCUGUCACUACCACCACCAAGACCACCACCACCCCUGCAAUGAGCCCUGCCACCACCAUGGCUGCUACCACAGUCACCACCAACACCAGCACCACCAGUUCUUCUCUCACUACUACCAGCUCCACCACCAGCAGCACCAAUACUACCAGCAGCAGCACCACAACCACUGCCACCACCACUGCUGCUGCUGCUGCCCCCCUGAGUGCCAGCACAGUAGUCAGCAGCAGUGAUGGGGGGGUGACCAUGAGCAGCAGUGGCAGUGGGGGAGGAGGGGGAGAGGGAGAGGGAGAGUGGCUCAACCUUGGACUUGAAGGAGAAGACUCACCUGCCCACAGCCUCCCGGAAGGCCAGAUGCAAAUGUUAGAAGAGGCUGUGGAGAUUUUAGGACGAGGGGACAAAGAAUCCGCAAGAAACCUUCUCCGUCAGGCUGGAAUUGAAUUGUUGGAUUCUCCAGGAGAACUUGGUGAACACGGAGCGGAAGGGACCUCAAUGGCAAGCCUGAUGGCUGGACUGGCAAGUCAGCUGCCCGGGGCACACCUGGACGAAGGGCCGCUAGCACCCGUGGGGGAGCUUGAUCCGGUCACUGGACUCUUCUACAACCCAUCGAGCAGUGAAAGUUCCUCUGACAGCAACAGCAAUUCAGCUUCUGAUGAACUGGAGGCGCCUGAUGAGAGGGAGUCAACUGACUAACAACAUGGCCCAGGCCCAGGCUUUUAAUACUCCCUCGGCCCGCCGUUGGAGAUGGUUUAUUUUAGAAUGCAAGUUGUAGUGCAUAGAGGUAAACUUUGUAUAGGUGUUUUAAUUACUGAUUAGUUAACAUUAUAUGCGUAGAGACCUGUUGUAAUUUAGUUUCCCUUACAUUAUUAUGCUGGAUCACAAUCCUUCAACAGAAAGUAACCAUAGUCUUACAAAUAUAUAAGGAAUUAUAGGAAAAUUAUUAUCUCUUGCAAACAAAAUGAUUUUGACAAUUGGGUCAAGUCUACCACGGAACAAGACUAUUGUACAAUUAUUGAUAUUAUGCAGGUAGCAUUCUUCAAAUAAAUGACAUGCUUAGGUU